GCAAGCAAAUAUUCCAACCCGACGGCGCCGUGCUUCCAAAUCCCGCGAAGCGGCUCGCCGCCCGGAGACAAAUCCCCCAAAUCAGCCGGCGGCGGCGGCGGCGACGGCCGGAUCGUUCGGAUGGCGGAGGUUCGCAAGUACGGGCUGCCCAACCAGCCGCCAGAUAUUCCCCAGAUACUGCUGGAAGCUCAGAAUCGAUGGCUACGGCCUACUGAAAUCUGCCAUAUACUGUCAAAUCACAAGAAAUUCUCCAUUGCGCCUGAGCCACCGAACAAACCUGCAAGUGGUUCGCUUUUUUUGUUUGAUCGGAAAAUAUUGAGAUACUUUAGAAAGGAUGGACAUAACUGGAGGAAGAAAAAGGAUGGAAAGACAGUCAAAGAAGCUCACGAAAAGCUGAAAGUUGGCAGUGUUGAUGUACUUCAUUGCUACUAUGCCCAUGGGGAGGAGAAUGAGAACUUCCAAAGACGUACCUAUUGGUUAUUAGAAGAGGGUUUAACGAAUAUCGUUCUUGUGCACUACCUUGAAGUCAAGGGUGGCAAGCAAAGUUUCAGCUGUUCUAAAGAAGCUGAAGAGAGUGCAGGAUUAUCUAAUGCCGAUAGUCCUGUGUACUCGAACUCUUUCGCUAGUCAGAGCCAGGUAGCCUCCCAAUCUAUGGAUGCUGAAAGCCCAAUUAGUGGACAGAUUUCGGAAUAUGAGGAUGCUGAAACAGAUAGUUGUCGAGCAAGCUCCAGAUACCACCCUUUCAUUGAGAUGCAGCAGCCUGUGGAUGGAGUCAUGAUGGAUAAUAUGUUGGGUGUUUCAGCCCCAAGUACUUCUGUAAAUAAUCCAGAUGUAGGUUAUCAUGGCAAAAUGCAGAAUGCAACAGAUAACUCAUAUAAUCAUUUUGCUGCUCAUUAUGACAUACCUGGUGUGUUCAAUGAAGCUGGAGCUGAGGUAAGGGGCGUGUCCAAAACUCUACAUGAUUCAUUGCGGUUUGGUGAGCCCUAUCCGGAAUACCCAGCUGAGUUUAUGGAGCCAGCAUUCUAUUCUUCUAUUGCCGCCAUGGAGUCUAACAAUCUGGAUGAUAACUCACGAUUGGAAACAUUCAUGUCUGAGGCACUGUACACCAACAACCUCACUCAGAAAGAAGCUGAUGCACUGAGUGCUGCAGGCAUAACGUCAUCACAGGUAGAGAAUAAUACCUAUACAGAUGGGAUCCGGUAUCCACUUUUAAAGCAGUCAUCAUUAGAUAUCUUUAAGAUCGAACCCGAUGGUUUGAAGAAAUUUGAUAGCUUCUCGAGGUGGAUGAGUAGUGAACUUCCAGAAGUAGCUGAUUUGGAUAUCAAGUCCAGUUCAGAUGCCUUCUGGAGUAAUACCGAAACUGUGAAUGUUGCUGAUGGCACAAGCAUACCUAUAAAUGAGCAGUUAGAUGCAUUCGCAGUCAGCCCCUCGCUUUCCCAAGAUCAGCUCUUCAGCAUUAUUGACGUUUCUCCAAGCUAUGCAUGCACGGGCUCUAGGACUAAGGUCCUAGUUACUGGUACAUUCUUGGCAAAUAAAGAACACGUGGAAAACUGCAAGUGGUCAUGUAUGUUCGGGGAUGUUGAAGUACCUGCAGAGGUUUUAGCACAGGGUGCUCUGCGAUGCUACACACCAGUACAUAUAUCUGGACGAGUCCCCUUUUAUGUGACAUGCUCCAAUAGGGUGGCUUGUAGUGAAGUGCGGGAGUUUGAGUUCCGUGAUUCUGAUGUUCGACAAAUGGAUACUUCAGAUCCCCGUACUGCAGGCAUAAGUGAAAUGCAUUUACAUAUUCGUCUUGAGAAGUUACUUUCCUUGGGACCAGAUGACUAUGAGAAGUAUGUUAUGAGUGAUGGAAAUGAGAAGUCCGAAAUAAUCGACACUAUUAAUUCCUUAAUGCUUGAUGAUAAAUGGUCAAGCCAGGCUGUUCCAUCGGAUGAGAAAGAAAUUUCCACUGCACGGGAUCAGAAUAUUGAGAAAAUGGUGAAAGAGAAGCUAUAUUGUUGGCUUAUUCAUAAGAUACAUGACGAAGACAAAGGUCCCAAUGUGCUUGGCAAGGAAGGACAAGGUGUGAUUCAUUUGGUAGCUGCACUUGGGUAUGAUUGGGCUAUAAAGCCGAUAAUUACUGCAGGUGUAAAGGUGAACUUCAGGGAUUCUCGAGGAUGGACUGCGCUUCACUGGGCUGCAUCAUGCGGAAGGGAGCGGACAGUUGGGGCCCUUAUAGCAAAUGGAGCUGAAUCUGGUUUAUUGACAGAUCCAACUCCUCAAUUUUCAUCAGGAAGAACAGCUGCUGAUUUAGCGUCAGAAAAUGGACACAAAGGCAUUGGUGGUUUCCUUGCAGAAUCUGCUUUGACAAGUCAUCUUUCAGCUCUUACACUGAAAGAAUCCAAGGAUGGGAAUGUAAAAGAAAUAUGUGACAUAGGAGCGACUGAAGAUUUUGCAGAAUCCAGUUCUGCUCAACUUUCUUACGGGGACUCUCAGGCUGAGUCACUGAAGGAUUCACUUAGUGCAGUGCGUAAAUCAACGCAAGCUGCAGCCAGGAUAUUUCAAGCUUUUAGGGUGGAGUCAUUCCACAGAAAGAAGGUGGUUGAAUAUGGUGAUGAUGAUUGUGGAUUAUCUGAUGAGCGCACGCUUUCACUUGUAUCUAUUAAAAAUACAAAACCUGGGCAGAACGAUGGGCUUCCGCAUUCUGCUGCAGUUCGUAUCCAAAACAAGUUUAGAGGAUGGAAAGGUAGAAAGGAGUUUAUGAUUAUUCGACAGAAAAUUGUCAAGAUACAGGCACAUGUACGAGGACAUCAAGUAAGGAAAAGCUUUCGGAAGAUAGUCUGGUCUGUAGGAAUUGUGGAGAAAAUUAUAUUGAGGUGGAGGAGAAAGCGAAGGGGCCUGCGAGGUUUCCAACCUGUAAAACAGCUUGAAGGUCCAUCGCAGAUCCAACAGCUUGAAGGUCCAUCUCAUAUCCAACCUGCAAAGGAAGAGGAAGAGGAUGAGUACGACUACCUGAAAGAUGGCAGAAAGCAGGCCGAAGGCAGAUUACAGAGAGCACUUGCUCGUGUGAAAUCGAUGACUCAAUACCCAGAAGCAAGAGAACAAUACAGUAGACUCGCAAACUGUGUCACAGAACUGAAGGAUCCUCAGGCGAUGAUACAGGAUGAAAUGCAAAGUGAUAUGGCUCAUGGGGGCGACUUCAUGGAUGAUCUGGAGGGGCUAUGAGAGGAUGAGGAUUCACCAAUGCCCACCAUUUUGUGACAUUGAGGAGAACUAGAUCAGUUAGGCUGUGACCUGUUCUUUACCAGGCUAGCUGUAAAUUCUUGUGCUAGAUGUUCAGUGUUCACUGCUCAACUUUAUAUAGCGUUACACCUAAUACCAUGCGACUUCUAUUAUCCUUGUGCUAUUGUGCAUCGUGAAGCUUGGUCGCGUCUGGUUAUUUUUGACGUAAGAUGUCGCCGCUCAUGGUCUGCCGGUUUGGUGCCAGCGAGAUCAAUCGUGUUACAGUACGGACGCCACAGUAAGAUAUACUAUGCAAUUACUUUGCCA